AUGGUUGAUCAUGUGGUUGUUCUCAGCUCCUACCUCUCACCACCUCCCUCUCGACUCAACGGACAUGCCAAAAUUGCAUCAAAAAGGGCCCCCAGCCACUUGCAUUCCUUGCCAGCAGCCACCAAGUCUCUCCUCUCCAACAAGGGAUGUAGGUUGCUUUUUUGCAUCACUGAAGGGUUCUAG